AUUAAACAGAUUUUUGUCAGAUACUUGUCAUCUGUGUCUCCUCCGCCACACCCACACGCGAACGACCCUAGAUCAUCCUGACGUGGGAUUAACGAUUCCCCUGGAAGUCGGCGAACUUACAAAAUCAUGCUCCUCCACACACUAACAUCCAUACAUACAGGGAAAAAAAAACUCCAAUUUUAUUGCAUUUCUCGACGUUUCAAGAUGUCCUGAGCCCAAAAAUAUAAAAAUCUUGGAGGUCAUUUUUGACCGAUCGCUCUGUUAUAUAUAACAACCGGGAAAGUAAAAAUUCUAAUGAAGUUUUCGUUCAUAAUUUGAACUUUCGCUAGAUUUGUCUACCUUUAGAGAGUGUUUACUCUUACAAAAAAAACAUAUAUGAUUAAAUUUCGAUAAUUUCGUUUUAUCAAAUUAUUCAUUUAUUUUUGUUAAAAGACUAAUCACAAUUUUAAAAAAUUUGAAAACAUUUAAUAGACUUUGUACUGAAUAGCCUCGUUUCCGUAACAAUCCGACAAAUGUUUCAAUUACAGUUAGAGGAACACGUGGUCUGAGCCAGGCGAGCGACUUUCUAAGAUUUUUCACCAGUGUCCUAGAUAUAUCGGGUCCGUCCUUCACCAGCCGGCGACUCCCAUCAUGAUCCUUGCCGAACUCACGAUGAAUAUGAUUAAAAAGUUGCUCUUAGCGCCCGUAGAAUAGAAAGAGUCAGAAGUAAAAAGCACGUGGACUUUGAAAAAAGUUGCUAAAACGUUAUAUAUUAUUUUUUUUUAUGAAAUGGUUUGAAUACAGAUUAAAUAAAUUUGAAUUGAAUUGGUAAUGUAAAAAUGAUAGUAAAUCAUGUGUAGAAUCUCAUUUUUCUCAAUGGGAUACUAAUUUCUCUGAUUUAUCUUAUCUUUGAAUAUCAUAUGAUACUGCUAAAUGCAUUUGCCUUCGUUAAAUUAGAAUGGAGCAAAUAAUUAGAGUGGCUGUAAUUGGAGCUGGACCAGCUGGUUUGUGUGCUGCAAGAAAUUUAAAAUCCAAUCCAAUUUUUCAGUUUGUUGUGUAUGAAAGCCAAAAUGAAAUUGGUGGAACUUGGAUAUUCACAGAAGAAAUUGGUAAUAAUAAAUAUGGACAACCAAUUCAAUCAAGCAUGUAUAGAGAUUUAAGGACCAAUUUACCUAAAGAAAUAAUGGGAUAUCCUGAUUUUCCAUUUCCAUCUACAGGAGAAUCUUUCAUUCAUCAUUCUGAAGUUUUAAAAUAUUUAAGAAAUUAUGCACAGCAUCAUCAAUUAAGUAAAUAUAUUGAACUUAAUUCCUGUGUAAAAGAAAUUAAACCAAAGAAAAUAGAAAAUAAAAUAGUUUGGAUAAUAAAAAGCCAUCAUAUGCCUUCAAAUUCCAUUAAAGAAAAUACUUUUGAUGCAGUAAUGAUGUGCAAUGGACAUUAUUCUUCUCCUUACAUUCCAAAAAUUAUUGGACUUGACAAAUUUAACAAAUUAGUCAUGCAUAGUCAUGAAUAUCGAUCUAAAGAAAUUUUUAAGAAUUUGAAAGUAGUAAUUUUAGGUGCCAGUCAAUCUGGGUGUGACAUUGCCAUUGAAAUAGCUGAUGUUGCUGAAGAAGUUAUUUUAAGUCAUAAUCAGCCAUUUAUCAAAUCUCCAUUUCCCACAAAUACUGUCCAAAAACCAGGGAUAGAUUUUAUUGAAAAUGAUACUGUAAUAUUUUUAAAUAGUGAAAAAUAUAAGCCAGAUGCUUUAUUAUUUUGUACAGGUUAUGAUUAUGAUUUUGAUGUUUUGCAUUCCAGUGUUGGACUUAAAAUUACAGAAAAACGUAUUAUCCCUUUAUAUAAGCAUUUAAUUCACAUAAAUUUUCCAACAUUAGCUUUUAUUGGUAUUAUAUCUAAAAUUCUACCUUUUCCAAUAUUUCACCAACAAAUUAUUUUCUUUCUAAAAGUUUUGGAUGGCUCUAUUAUUCUACCUAGCAAAGAAGACAUGAAAAAAGAUACUGAAAAAGAUUUUGAAUACAGAAAAAGUCUUGGUAUGCCUAUUCGCCAUUCUCAUUUAAUGGGAUCUUUACAGUGGAUGUAUGAUAAAGAAAUUUCUUCUAUGGGAAAAUUUUCUCCAAUUAAACCUGUAGUGGUUGAAUUAUAUAAUUAUGUAGGAAAGUGUAGAGAAAAAAAUUUAAUGACAUAUAAAAAUGAUAAUUAUUGCAUUUUAGAUGGUCAUCAUUUUGUACAAAAAGAAUAA